AUGUCUUGGCUGAACUGGUUCUGGGAUGAACAUCAACUGUUGUUGCAGCAAUGCUUUUCUAUCCCUUUUGGAUUUUUAUUUUACUUUCUAGCAACAUUUGGCUUUCUAUCCUUGAGAUGCAGGUACUUGUACAUGUGCAUUGGAGGAUUUAUCCUGGCAGUGAUCACAAUGGGAAUUUAUAGUAUUCUGCUGUUUACUUCAGUCUUCAUUUUUGUUGUGCUUGUUUGCACCGUGGAUCAUCGCUCCAUUCACAAAUGGGUGUUUGGAGUCCAAAUGUUAUGGCAAACACUCUGCCACAUCUUUCUACAGUACGAGGAAUUCUACCAGCCACAGCUUUUCAACUUGAGGCUGGUGUUGGCUGCGUCUUCAUUGAUGCUAAUCACACAGAGAGUUACCUCAGUCUCUAUGGAUAUCCAAGAUAGAAGACUUACACUCUAUGAAGUGCUUCUUCCGGUCAUCAGCUAUAUUCUUAAUUUCACAGCUUUACUGGGUGGACCUUUGUGCAUAUUUGCUCAUUUUGUUUCAUUUAUUGAAGGAAUUGAUGUAAAUCCACCACCAAAUCCAUCAUGUGUAGUCAGUGUUAAAUUAGUGCAGGUGUUUUUACUAGAAUAUCUAAGAUACAGUUUUCUGCUAAUUGUAAAUUAUACAUACAAUUCAAACUUAAUCUAUGGGGUCAUUAGCAUGUGGGCAAUUGCAAUGGUUUUAAGAUUGCAUUAUUAUGCUCAUUGGCAGAUAAGUGAAUGUCUUAAUAAUGCUGCUGGACUUGGGUUUUGUGGGACAAAAGCUGGCUGCACAGACUGGAGUGGACUAUCUGAUGGGGGCUUUUGGGUAACUGAGUCUUCAGUUUGUAUAUCUGAGUUUGCUCGAAGAUGGAAUGCAACUACCGCAAAUUGGUUGCGUAGACUGGUUUAUAAGAGAUGCAAAUAUUUUCCUUUGCCGUUAACUUUUGGCUUUUCAUUGUGGUGGCAUGGGCUGCGGCAGCUUGGAUGA